AAAAAAAAUCCUUCACCAGUUUGCGCAUGCGCACUCGUUCACUUUCGAAAAAAGCGGAGGGUUACGGGUGGAGAACAUGAUCAGACUGUCAUCAUUACAGCCACAAGCAACAAACGGAGGAGUUCGGGCUGAACUCUCUUUUUAUUGUCCUCUUUUACUUCGACAGGAUUUUUUUGUUUCACAGGGACCUUGUUAACAUAAAUGCAGCUUUAUCACGGAUUGUUCGCUUGACGUCUUUCGAAGUUUUUAAACUUUUCUUGUAUUGGAGUGAGGCCUCGGUGCCAUGCCAGAGAAAUCCCAUAGCACGGCCCAUGACGUCCCAAUGGGUGACGAAUCACCUCGGUUGUCCACCGCCUCUGUUGGCAGUAAUGACCGGGCCUCCAUUGCUACACUGUCUGAUUGUUCUGACUUCACAGAAGUCCAGAGGCCCGUAAGCGUGGUCUCCAGCAUCUCAUCCGGGUCUGGUUUCUCUCGGGAAGACGUUCUCCUGUCAGGUAUCCCAUCUGCUGGUGUGCCUAUUGAGGACAACGUGGAUUUGGAAUUAACGGCUGCUGAUCCGGAUGAGACUCAGGGCACUAGUCUUACCCAAGCAACCACCCUAUUCCUCCAACAAAAUAGCAGCAACACUGUUAACAACAGCAACAACAGCUCCUCCGUUUCCAACAGUUUCUCUCCAUUUGCUGCCAGCACCAUGGCACCCAACCCUGAGCUCACCUACCUGGACCGUGUGGUCAUGGAGAUCAUUGAGACGGAGCGGAUGUAUGUGAGAGAUCUGCGGAGUAUCGUAGAGGAUUACCUUGCUCACAUUAUAGAUACAGGAGAUCUUCCCAUCAAGCCAGAACAGGUGUGUGCUCUGUUUGGAAACAUAGAGGACAUUUAUGAGUUUAACAGUGAGCUCCUUCAAUCACUGGACAUGUGUGACAAUGAUCCUGUGGCCAUUGCCAGAUGCUUUGUGAUCAAGCGUGAAUAUUUUGACAUCUACACACAAUAUUGCACCAACUACCCAAACUCUGUGGCUGCUCUAACAGACUGCAUGAGAAACAAAACUCUUGCCAAGUUCUUCAGGGAGAGGCAAGCUGCUUUAAAGCGAUCCCUGCCUCUGGGAUCUUACCUUCUCAAGCCUGUCCAGAGGAUCCUCAAAUAUCAUCUUUUACUACAGGAGAUUGCCAAGCACUUUGAUCCAGAGGAGGAGGGUUAUGAGGUGGUGGAGGAGGCCAUUUACACUAUGACUGGUGUUGCGUGGUAUAUAAACGACAUGAAGAGAAAACAUGAACAUGCAGUCCGUCUUCAGGAGGUCCAGUCUCUGCUCAUAAACUGGAAGGGACCUGAUCUGACUACAUAUGGAGAAUUGGUUCUCGAGGGCACCUUUCGUGUCCAUCGUGCCAAGAAUGAACGUACGCUCUUUCUCUUUGAUCGCAUGCUCCUUAUCACCAAACGCAGAGGAGAACAUUACGUCUAUAAGACACACAUCUCGUGCUCAACGCUCAUGUUGAUUGAGAGUGCCAAGGAUUCUCUGUGCUUCAGUGUCACUCAUUACAAGCAUCCCAAACAACCUCAUUCUGUCCAGGCUAGGACGGUGGAGGAAAAAAAAUUAUGGGCUCAUCAUAUUAAACGGCUCAUUCUAGAGAACCAUCAGGCUGUGAUACCACAAAAGGCAAAGGAAGCAAUCUUGGAGAUGGAUUCUAUUUACAAAAAGUAUAGGUACAGUCCUGAGAAGCUCAAAAAGUCUGUGUCAUGCCAGUCAGAGGAGUUUUCUAACUCUAGACAAGGCCGGAGACAAUCAGAACCAUCUAAAGAGAUCCUAAAGAACACUGAAGUAAUACUAAAGCAUUCUGACAGUGAGGGGGCAUUGGCCGUUGACUUGAUAGCCGAUAGCACUCUUGGCUUAUGCGAGUCUUCAGCUGAGAAGCCUGUUGCACAAGACGAAUACUCUCCUGAAGCCCUGAUUCCCAGUGAUAAUGAGGAACCCAUCCGUACCUCGCCGUCUCUAAAGGCCAGAUUGAUGCAAGAGAAUGGGGAUGAAGCAGAAGGGGAGGGAAGUGACUCUGACGAUAUUCUAAUGGAGGACAACCAGGUAGCUGACUUUGCCAGUUCAAUGUUGGCUGCCAUUUCCUGCUGGCACUAUAGAGCCAGAGCUUUGCUUUCCAUGGACUUCACAACGGUGAGGUCCUCUGCCACCAAGGGGAUUCUGUCAUACCCCACCCUGACCUGCAACAUGACCUGCAUGUCUGCCAAACCUCCCGCCAUGUUGCAUGUGCUCUCACAGAAUGCCUCAAUUCACUAACAGCUCACACGGCAUAAGCAGAAGCUAACUUUGUAGAGCAUCCAGCAAUGCUAGAAGAACUAAACAAAUUGUAACAAACUUGUUACAGUUCAACACAUAAUGCAUAUACUGUAUAUUACUUCAUUAAUUUUCUCACUGUAUUGCUGAAUGUCACUUUGUUGACAUCUAGCAGCGGUUAUGAUCGUUAAUGAUAAAUGUUCACUCUUUUUUAUUGUUACAGGUUUUUUUAUUCAAAUCAGCAAUAAUAGCUUUAUUGAAAAGCAGGCAUUUGGCUUGUAGUGUAAAAAUAA